UGCUGAUGAAUGUAUAUUUCAGAGUACACGUGAUUUCAUCAAAAUUCUGAUAGUUGUCAUUAAAUUAGAGGCUAUUAAUGGAUUAAAUUGUACUUUAGGAUUAUAAUUUCCAUCUAAUAAUUGAUAUUAUCAUUUUCAUUAUGGUUAGGCAAAUGGUUGUUCCAUUUUUAUUGAAAAAUGCAACUUUUUAUCCUCUUCAAAGAAUUAUGUCAACUCAAGGCUUAUUUUAUGCUAAAAUGCUACAUAUGACUGCUUUAUUUAGACAUAAAUGUGUAGAAACACAGAAAAAUCAGUCAUGCAUGGCUCUGGUUGUACAUAAACCCAAACUAUUGAAGGUUAACUGUGGGUAUACACUAAGAAACAUGUGUACAGAGCUGAAUUAUCUGCAUAAUUCAUCAAAUAAAGUGUUAAAUAUAUUAGAGAAUAAUAAAUUUAUCAAUGGAGAGAGAUUUGAUGUCACAUCGUUUCUAGAUUUGCUAUUUAACGAAGAAAAUUUGACUGUUAACGAAUGGGAUACUUUAAAACAGAAGUUACUACAUUAUAGAAGGUGUAAUGAAGUUAAUUUUAGUGGUAAGAUGAUGAAUGGCAUUUCACUGAAGAAGAAUUACACAUUAGCCAAAUCAUUUUUAGAAUAUCUUCGAGAGAAGAAAAUGGAACCUAACGUGGCGACGUUAUCCGCUUAUCUAUAUUUGUGUAGUUUUAAUGUCGAAGUGUGCGGAGAGGAGACGAUUCUGAGUGCCUAUAAAAAUAUUGUAAGCAAAAUUAAAAUAUUGGAUUCAAUCACAAGGCAUAAUAUCGUGCAAGCAUUAUCUGUAACUAGUCAUUGGAUGAUUGCAUAUGAUAUAAUAAAUAAAAAUGAAUUAGUCCCUUCAGAAUGUGAGAAUUAUUGUGCAGUUUCUAGUGCCGCAUUUAAACAUAAUAGAACUGAUAUUGCUUUAAAACUUGUGCAGCAAAUUUUUAGUUUAAGAGGAAAAUUGACUGAAAAUGUAUAUGUUAGAUGGUUAGAAGCUGCAUUAAAUAAUCCAAGUGAGUUGCACCAAUUAAUUGAACAGUUACUAUCUUACUUAACAUCUAGCGAAGCCCUACUUCCAGUAAAUUGUGUUGAUAAACUUGUAGAAUGUUUCAAAAGCUUAAAGAAUGAAAAAUGGACAAGUAAAUUAGUGAAUAUAAAUAGGCAGGGUAUAUGUCCAAAUUGUAAUCAUCGACUGUCUUGUAUUGACGUCACUACCGAUCAGUUUAACAUGCUGAAAGACGCAGUUUUAUCUAAAUUGAUGAAGGAUACAGACGUUUAUUUGAAAACUACACCAGACGAACUGAACAGAUUUCUGAAUUUUGUGAAACAUACAUCGCCAUACGAUCUUGUCAUAGAUGGUCUCAAUGUGUCUCAUUAUCAAUCCAAGAAAAGUGCUAUUGAUCGAGCUCUGCAGUUGUAUUAUGUUGUAAAACAUUUUGCAAAAAAUAAAAACUUGAAAAUUCUAAUUUUGGGAAGGAGACACAUGAAAAAUUGGCCCAGGAAGUAUAUGGAUUCCAUUCAACAAAUGGCCCAUGUAUUCUACACAGAUAACAUAUCACAGGACGAUCCAUUCAUGAUUUACGCAGCGGUGUACAGCGGACCGAAAACUUUGGUAAUGACGAAGGAUCUUUUGCGAAAUCACAAAUUCUCUCUUCAGGAUCCGACUCUAGCCAUGUACUUUGAACGCUGGAGGAGUACUCAUCAAAUGUUUCUAGAUCGUGUGUACAAAGAAACCGGAACUGUUAAAUAUCAGGAACCACUUCAUCAUAGUAUUACUGCACAGGGAAGCAUGACAGAUUCGUGGCACAUACCUUACGAUAACAACAAUGUACAAGGUCCUUACGACAUAUGUGAACAUUGGCUGUGUCUUACAAAAAUAAAGUGAAAUAAUAAUUAUGGAAUUAGUGUUUUCAU